AUGGCUCUCGCUGUCCAUUCGUUCUGCCAACUGCGGGAGGCAGACACCCGUGUCAUCCGGCAGGAAAGAGCUAUUUUCAUGAUGGCGAAGGAAAAGAUCUUGACAGUGAUUGUGUGUGGCGGAGUCAUCUUCACUCUGGCCUUCAUGCACCAUCAAGGAUUUUCUGACCUUAAUGUGACAGCUUACGAGGGAUUCGGAAAAGAGCGCAUGGCUCAUGAUUACAUAGAAGAGCGCUUUCGAAGUCGCCGCGAGAGGGUGCUCAAAACCUGCCAAACAAUAGAUAAUGAAGAAGACAUAUCCUGCUCUCUAAGGGAAUGCAUUUUAUACUUCUGGAAGUACAACGCUAGUGUCUGCACUAUGGGAAAGGUUGGCUCGGGGAACUGGCGAUCUCACGCGCAGACAGCCAACGAAGUAAGCGGCCACCCCAUGUUUGACGGCAGGCGGCGCGAACUCUUCAGGAAACCUUGGCAGCAGGUUAUCGACUACACCAAAUCCUUAUCCAGGUGGAUUACUGUCAGGCACCCAUUAACCCGUUUGGUGUCGUGUUACCAAGACAAGUUUCGGAACGGUUCGGAUUUUCCCGAGAGGAAGAGAAACGUCCUGCAAGAGUUCCUGUUGCCAGCGCUUCUAAGCAAUAAUUUGGUUUUCAAGGAUCAAGAAUCAGACAUUUGGAAAGAGUUUUUGGACAAGAGGAAAAGGGCCGUCGAGAAACUCGAUCCCGAGGACGAGCGAGUGCGUCUGAGUGUGACCUUCUCGGAGUUUCUGAGACACGUUGCCAACACGUACGAAGAGGGACGGAUUGACAGGCACUGGAAAACAUACGGCCGGCUAUGUUCGCCUUGCUUCUUUGACUACGAGUACAUAGCAAGGACAGAGACCCAAGACCAGGACCUGGAAUACCUGUUUGCCAAGUUCGGUUUCCCGUCGGACCCGUACAAGGCCGCGAAAGUCAAGGAAGACAUCGGAACAAAAAUGAAGAGAGAUUUCAGGUACUAUGACAACGUUCCACUGGAAUUGAAGAUGAAAAUAUACAAUAUCUACAAAGCAGACAUGGAAAUGUUUGGAUAUCAUUUACCAGAAGACUUCUGGAAGACGAAGUGAUACGUUGGUCUAGGUUGGU